AUGGCCCUCCUCAGCGCAAAACCCAAAAAGCCACGCAUGGUACACCGCGAACGAGUCGAAGUCGUCACACCCAAGCCCAAGCCGAGACUCCUUGCUCCCGCUGUUGCCGCCUCGGUCCGCUCCCAGUCCUCGUCCUCCUCUCGCGCCUCCCCGAAGCCCAAGCUGCUGCCCCGCCACAAGAGCGAGUCGCCCUACCCGUCCUCCUCCGAUGACCGCCGCGCCGAGCGGAAGCGCAAACACGGCAGCGCCGACCCCUUGCAGCCGCACUUUGACAAGGACUCGGACGGCGAGGACGAGGAUGACGACGUCUUCCUGAACCUCGAGAGCCGCAAGCGCCGCCGCCCGCUCGACGACCAUGUCGACAAGAACAGGACCCUCACCUGUGCCGAUGCGUUCGAUGUCGAAAAGCCCAGGCGGCUCAACUACAUCCACGCGACUGAGAUUAUGAACUCGACGUCGACCUCCAAGGCCGUCGAGCGCGCGCUGGGGGCCGGCCCGACGACGACAUUCGCGUCGAGCUUACAGUACCCCAGCUUGUAUGCCCAGAAAGAUACGAACUCUCGUGAGAAUGGCAAGAUCGAUGCUGUUAGGGACAUAAUUGACGUUGUCUCGCACGUUGCCGACGAAUACCUGACGGAAGAACAAGCGGUCGACUUCCGCGAACCGAAAGCGGGACUCAUCCGUCGCCUGAAGCGCGCAUCGGGGAUGAACGAGCUGAGCAGUUUCAAGGACGCGCUCAGAGACGCCAAUGCUAAGAUUCUAUCUCUGGCUAACGACGGCACAUUCCGGAAAAACCUCGACACCAAGCACAGCCUGCCCCGCAAGCUGGUCGAAUUCAUCCUGACCCAGGUCUACGACCGCACCGUGUCCCCCGACGUCGAAAAACUGAAGCAGUAUACCAACGGUACCGACAAUGUGUACGGAGAACUGAACUACGUGUUCAUUUCCAAGAUCCUUCAGGAGAAGACGCGCAUGACGUCGGACCAGGUCUUUGUCGAUCUUGGUUCGGGUGUCGGCAACGUCGUGCUGCAAGCGGCGCUUGAAAUCGGCUGCGAGAGUUGGGGCUGCGAGAUGAUGGACAACCCCUGCGACUUCGCCGAGGCGCAAAAGAAGGAGUUUGCCAAGCGCUGCAGGCUUUGGGGGUUGGCCCCGGGCAAGGUGAACCUUGUCAGGGGAGACUUCCUCCAGGAAACGUCCGUCCACGACGUCCUCAAACGCGCCGACGUCGUGCUCGUCAACAACCAAGCCUUCACGCCACAGCUCAAUGACAAGCUGGUCAGCCUGUUCCUUGACCUCAAGAAAGGCUGCAAGAUUGUGUCGCUCAAGUCGUUCCUCUACGACCAGGGCGUGCGCAGCAUUAAUGAUGUUGCCAGCAAUAUUCUGCAGGUUGAGGACCACACAUAUCCCGAGGGCCACGUCAGCUGGACCAACGCUGGCGGCACAUUUUGCAUUUCGACGCGAAAGUAG